GACCCUGUGGAGGAUGAUACCUCUGUUACUUAUUUUUGUUCGUUAAGGCUUCAUCUUACGCGGAACGGACAUGCCGGUGGCGGGUCGGAGCAGCGCGCUCAUCCUUCUCUCCUGCGCGCUCAUGCAGCCCGUGUUUUCCGCACACAGCCAGAUGUGUGACAUGGUGAAGGAGAUAGAAAAGGAGGAGGAGCUGUGUGAGGCUCAGAUUGAGAACAAAACGACAGGUUGCAGAGGAAUGUGGGACAAGAUCACCUGCUGGCCCAGUGCUGAUGUUGGACAGGUGGUCACCAUCCCUUGUCCAAAAUAUCUUUUCUACUUCUCCGGGGACGUUUCCACAAGUAACCUGUCAAAGACCUGCACUGAGACUGGCUGGACCCCAUUCAGCAUAGACUCAUACAUAUUGGACUGUGGAUACAAUCCCAACAACACAAUGGAUGAUAAUAAGUCGGGAGAGUUCUUUGGCGCAAUCAAAGUGGGUUACACGAUUGGUCACAGCGUGUCCCUCAUUUCUCUGACGAUGGCCAUCAUCAUACUGUGUCUCUUUCGGAAGCUGCACUGCACACGAAACUACAUCCACUUGCAUCUGUUUGUGUCUUUCGUACUGAAAGCUGUGGCGGUUUUCAUCAAGGACGGGGUUCUAUACUACGUCGCGGAGACAGACAGUUGCCAGUUACCUGUGAGCUGCAAGGCAGCGAUGGUCUUCUUCCAGUUUGGGGUCAUGGCGAGUUACUUCUGGCUGCUGGUGGAGGGCCUCUAUCUCCACACUCUGUUAGCCGUCUCCUUCUUCUCCGAGAGGAAGUACUUUUGGUGGUACAUCCUAAUUGGUUGGGGCGCUCCAACCCUUUUUAUCUCAGCGUGGGUGAUAACAAAGGCUUCUUCAAAUGAUCUUGGCUGCUGGGAGACAAUCGAUGACAAGCCAUGGUGGAUCAUAAAAACACCUGUUUUGGGAACCAUACUCGUCAACUUUUUUCUCUUCAUCUGUAUAAUCCGGAUUUUGCGACAGAAGAUGAAUUGCCCUGACAUCGGGAGAAAGGAAUCCAAUCAGUAUUCGAGGCUGGCUAAAUCCACUCUGUUGUUGAUACCUCUCUUUGGCAUAAACUACAUCAUUUUUGCCUUUAUCCCCGACCACAUCCAUCCACAAGUGAGGAUGGUGUUCGACCUCAUUUUGGGGUCCUUUCAGGGUUUUGUUGUUGCAGUUUUGUACUGCUUUCUGAAUGGUGAGGUACAGGCAGAGAUUAAGCGUAAGUGGCGGAGAUGGAUGCUUCAGAGGUUCCUGGGCGCUGACACCAAGUACCAGCAGCCCUCCAUGGGCAGCAACGGCAACAACUUCAGCACCCAGAUCACCAUGUUUACCAAAUGCAGCCCGACGACACGCCGAGCGUCCGAGUGUCAGGAGCACCUUUCUGCCACCUGAAACCAGUCUACGGCUCACUCCCCUCUCUGUUCACUUGGGUACGGUACCGUAAACACAUCUUCAGUUGAUAUUGGUUACUGGAGGCUAAUGGGACAUUUUAGUACUGACACUAAUGUUUGUUUAAUCCAUAACCAAAAGAAGUGGCAGGUGAUCAGAGUUUUUCCUUGUAAGCUUUUUAGGAGAGUCUGAAAAUAAGUUACGGAGCACGACACCUCUUUGGUAAAUGAGGUGAAUCAUUUCCUUAAAUGUGGUGAAUUCAUUUGCUUAAAAGAACAUUUUAAAACUAUAUUCUAUACUAUAAACUAGUUUGUUAUUCAAGGUAAAGCUUUGUUGAAAUCACAUGCUAAGUCAAACCUCCAACUGGCUGGCUGUAUGAAGACUUCCCCGAAUAAUAUCAACAAAGUCAUCGAUAACAAAAACACUACAAAACGCUGCGGGGACGAAAAGGGAAAUGGAGCUCAUGGCUCGCGUUGUUGAGCAAUUGCCGGACAGAGCCGGAGACGAGUCCUUAACGAAGCAAGAUGU